AUGAAGUUCGCCACGGUUCUCAGCAGCCUCGCCCUGAUGGCAGGCUUUGCUGCUGCUACCUUCAACCUCAACGACGUCGAGCUCGCGCUCGCGCGUCGUCACGAAAACAGCAACAGCGUCAUCACGGUCACCUCGAUCUCAACUGUCACCGUUUGUGACUCUGGUAACCCAAUUCUCAAUCCUCCUCCCCAAACUGCGAGUACCGGCGUCUCCAUUGGCUCUAGCGAGAUGUCGGUGGCUCCGCCUGUGUCGUCGGGGCUUCCCGCUCCACCUCCUUCUGAGGCAGUUCCUCCGAUUGUCACCACUUUGUCAAUCCCAGCGACUGGUACCAACCCCUAUGGUCCACCCAGCUCUGGUAUCACGUCUGCCCCAGGUACACCGACGACUUCGCCUCUCCACACUGAGAAGCCGGCCAAGCCUUCGAGCUCCGCUGCUCCCCCUCCUCCUACCGAGAGCAACGCCGCAACUCACGCUGGUAUGAAUGCUGGCGCUGGUGCUUUGGUCCUGGGCGGCAUGGCCUUCUUCAUGGCUGCUGUCUAG